CUCCGGGGGAUCGAGAGUCAAAAGUGGGUGUUUACACGGUGUUAUCAAAUUAUUUUGUCACUUCACCUUCGUCGGGGAUUAACGAUGUCUCAUAAGCGAUUACUCCAGUGAUUCUUCCUCCAUCUGCACCGCAGCAUUGAUGAUUCUUCAGUUUUUGUAAUGGAUUUACCGAACUCUUCUGAUGGGGGCGACAGGCACUGGGAUCGUCCCUGGACGACUCAGGAGAUGAGGGAGCACAAGGAGCAGUGGAGUCUUGCUUGCGAUGUGGGACUCUUUCGGCAUCUGCAGAAGUUUUCGGAGGACUUGACAACAAAAGUGCAAGAAACCCAGUCCUCCCUGGACUCCCUCGUAGAAGACCUAAAGGAGAGUUCCCUAAUGAUCGACAACGUAACCAACGUCUCCCUGGCCCUCGCCAACACGCAGUUCAUCGAGAGUCGCGUGUACGAGGACGAAACUCCUGAGAAACGCCUGGAGAACGCCCCCACAACGGCCAAUCCCCCAGAAAUCGACAUGAUAUCAGUAGUGAGCGAGAGUAUAAAACAGAGCCUUCAAGUGAUGGACUCCAAAUACGAACGAGUGGAGGUGGAGGCCUCGAGUGAGAGUGAAGACGAGGCUGAGGUGAUCACUCCGAGCAUCAUCCUGAAGCCCCAGGACCCCUACCAGAGCCGACCCUUGCCCUACGUCAUUGGCUCUGAGAAAUGGAGAUCCUCGAUGAAAAUUGGGCUGGAAUCGAGCAGCAGUGAGUCGGAAAUGGCGGAAGAGGAGGAAGAGAACUCCGAGUCUUCUGAGGAGAUGCCAGCACCUCCACGGGCCUUCCCCUCGACACGAAUCCCUCGAUCGAGGUCAUCCACGAGCACCAGCAGCACCUCCUCCAGCGAAUACAAUGAGAAUAAUAAUACGAAUACGAAUUCACGAAAUGAUAAGGUCUACACGAGGAGUCAAGACACGUUGAAUUCAACUUCUGAAAUUGAGACGCCUACCACUGGACCUGCAAAUACCUGUAAGAAAGCUCCGAGCUUUGCUGAGGAACUCGCUAAACGUUUGGGGAAUGUCGCACCCGUUCAGAAACCCCUACAAGAGGAAGUGCGUGAUCCAGAUCAAACCUCCAUAAACCGUUCGAAGGACGACCUAUUCGGGUCUGACAACGAAACCGACAGUGUCUUUACAACGAAAUCCGACAGUCUUCUGAGUGACCACGGCGAGCUGUUCGACGAGGCCUCAAAGAGUCUCUGGAAGGAGAAGGCUGCCCCCAGGCCGACAAUGAUUCCCCCCAGCCUGGACGCCCCUCCCCCGAUAAACUCUGUCGACACAAAGCCCAAAUCAGCGAUCGAUGAUCUCUUCGGGGACAACGAGUCCGACGACUCUGACGACAUCUUCGCCCCCAGGAAUUCCAAAUUCAUGAGCAAAUCCGACGUGACCGAGGCCUUCCAGAGUCAAGUGAGCAAAGUCAAGAGUCAGGAUGACAACCUGACGACAAGCACACCAGAGACCAACAACAAUAUUCCAAAUCUCUUCGAGGACGACGAGGAUGACAGCAGUCUCUUCAGUCCAAUCGAGAGCAUUAAAAAUAAAUCGCCAGAGGCCAUUCGAAGUACAUCGAGAAAACCACCUGGCAUACUUGUAAACCAAUCUGACCUCCUUUCCUCGGCACUUGGUAGCAAACUUUUCAAUCGUGCUAGGAAUGAUUUUUCCGACUCAUCGGAGAAUGAGAGUGUCGAGACUGAAAAGGAUACUGGAGAAUCGGUCAAUGUGAAUGAGAACCAAUCGACUGCAUCACCAGUGAAUACGAGUGAAAGUGUGGUCGCUGGGAAUUUACAUCGUGGAGAGGGCAAUGAAAUCACCACUGACAGCAGUGGAAUAUCUGUUCCACCGACUAGUGUCAACAGCACAUUUGGGAUGAGUUUACGUGUUGGAGAGCCGCAGAUGGAAUCCACCCGUUUAUUAUCCGAAGAAAUUUACCGCGAGCGUGUCCCAAGCGACAGCCUAUUCAACCCAUCCUCCCGUCAGCCCGAUAACACCCAAAAUUCGAUAAACGACAGUCACAACAUUCACAAUCAAGCGCACCAACAGCAGCGCAAUCAAACCGCCCGCCAAGAAGACAUAUUCGACAAUGAUGAUGUAUUCGGUCCGCCACCACUGCCAAAAGCCAAUUCCAAGUCCAAGUCCAAAGUAAACUCACUGUUUGACGACUCGGAUUCGGGUGACGAUCUAUUUUCGAACACAAGUUCCGGAUCGCGCUCGCAGAAGAGCGCUGAACAAGCGGCUUCUCAGUUCGCUGAGAAGCCCAAGAUCAACACGACUGCGAGAGGUGGUCUCUUUGACGCUGGUGUGGACGUAUUUUUGAAUCGUAGUGCUCCGGACAUUGACAUUUUCGCUGAAUCUGGCACUGGCCAGAAGCCCAAAGUCGAUCAGCCAUCGGAGAUAUCUAAUCAAGGGGUGAAUGCUGCCGGCAAACUGUUCGUCAAGAGCGGUAAUUUGUUCGACGACGAGGACGACGAGGAUCUUUUCGCUCUGAGCAAGACAGCCGAGAGGAUGGUUGACACCAAUGAGGAUAAGGUGUUGGCAGCUGCGUCGAAUGCUGCGGAGGAUGUCAAGAAAGAUUCUGCUGGUGUAGCGAAAUUGGAAGAAGCGAGGGAAAAGGAAGAGAGGAAAUCUGGUCAGGCGGAUUCUCGUAAUCUCUUUGGGGAUGUCGACGAGGAGGACGAUGACAGCCUAUUUGGCCGGAAGAGGGACAGCAACGCUUUGGCGGCUUCGCCUGUUGCGGGGGAGGGGGCGACGGCAACAGAUGGCCCAGUAGUUUCAAAACAAAAAGCCACUGGAGAUGGUACGAAAAUAGAACCGCCUAAGAGCUUGAGAAUUCGGCUACCGGUAGCUGGUGAGGAUUCUGGCCAACCACCUAGGAGAGCUGUUUCGGGGAAAAUAGCAAACUUGAUGGGGAAAAUGGGGGAUCUGAAGAUACUUUCGCCCACGGAUACGCCUCCGGUUUUGAGGAGAGGUGAGGAGAGACAAGACUCUGGGGGGGACACGCCGGAUAGGGAUUGUGAGGACGGAGGGGCUAUGAGUGCGCCGAAAACACCGACGUCUCCGUCAGCGCCAAAGGAUUUAGCGGCGAAAGAGGCUUCGCUGUCACCGUCGGUGCUUGAUACGGAAUCAGCGGUGAGCUUCGAUGUUCCGGCGCAGGUGGAGACUUUGUCGAUUGCAUCGAAGAGUCGUGCAAGAAUUCCGGCGAAACGGAGACCGCAGAGCAGACAAGCCCGUCAGUCGGCCCUCCGUCACAGCGGCAUCGACUUCGACAGCCCAGACUCCGCCGGGCCUCCCCCGGGUGCAGAAAGCCCGACGAACCCCGAGGAUCCCCCAAUGGAUAGGCUGUCAGCCCCAACGGAUGAAAAAGUACUGAAGCCAUCCUUGCAGCUGCUCCCCGACGAUAAGUCAGACUUGAGCCUGGGAAAGGAGAGUUCAAUCAGCAUAACGAAGAACACGUUGUUGUCGCCCUCGACCGACGAGGAGGACCUCUUCGACGUGCCCCCAGAUUUACCGGAGGAUCCCCAGAAGGAGGACACGUUAUUCGGUCGUGCGCCCAUUCUCUCUCCAGUCUCUCGUCUGGAGAAGCCUGAGUCUCGAAACCAAGAGAUGAAGAAGGACGAGGAGGAGGUGAAUGAGGAAAAGUCUGAGGGUCUUGAGUCGUCUGAUCCAUUGAGGGACUCUCAGCACGACCCACUGAAGGAUCCGAGCCAACUGUUCGCAUUCGUCACGAAAACCCCAUCCCCGGAGAAGGCGAAAAACCUGUUGAGCAGCGAUCCCGAUGACAACCUUUUCACGCAGGUGUCGACCAAGAAACCUGACGAUUCAGAACCGAAGAGAAGUCUCGAUCUGUUCGCAGACGAUGACAGCAGUGGGGACUUGUUCUCAGGUCCCUUCACGAAAGCGAUACCCAAGAAGAUUGUUAAAGAGGCGAAGGGCAGUCUCUUUGAUGAUGUGAACAGUGAUGAGGAUAACACGACUGACGACUUGUUUGGCUCGGCUUCCAGUAAGAAAAGUGAUAACAGUAGAUCUGAGGGGAACGAGGGUAAUGCAAAGGAGGUGAAUAAUUUGGGAGGACUGUCUUCAAAGGAGAGCUUCCCUGGGGAGGAGGAGGACGAGGAUGACGAAGAACUGUUCUUCGACGCGAGUGAAAAACCUUCGGAUGCGAAUAAAGAGGAGUCGUUGUUCCCGUCGACGAGUAGAAUACCGAAAACCAAAUUGGAGGAUAUCUUCGGAGAUCCUUCCAACGGCGAUGAUGAUAUAUUCUCAAGGAAGAAACGGGAGGCCGAUCCCAGAUUGUUCGCCGACAGCUCGAAUUACUCUGACAGUAGUGAUGUAUUUUCUAAGAAAGUUGGGGAUAGCCCGCAAGAAGCAGGUCCUGCGGUUAAAAAGUCUGUUACUAGAGAUUUGAAGAAGACAGCUGAGAAAAUUGUCGAGGAUCCAUUGAGCAUGUUCCAAGAUGAAUGAGCCAGGGGAUGGCUCGUAGAGAAGAGUAAAUAUGUGCAUAUUUUUCUAUUUCAGCAGGUUUUUGGUUCUCGGGGGAAUCCAGUGUUCGAACGAAUGCGAUGAUAACUUGAAUGUCAGAAAGUUUGCUGAGGUCUCAACGAACUUUACCACUUGUUGAAUGAAAAAUACAUCGAUUGGCUCGACCACUGGACGUUUCACCCCAAUUAACAGUCACCAAUCAUGGCAGACUAUUUAUGCAAACAUUAACACUGUUGAUAGGCUUUAGCUAGACUAUUAAAAAUAUAUUUUGAGGAGUGAAAAGGAUAUUUUCUACUGUACAUAUCGUCAACUAAGGCAUUUCACACCGAAAUGAGCCCUAAUAAUCCUCACCGUACUAAUGAGCGAGCCUGUAAAUAAAUCAUCGAGAAAAGUUUAAUGUCAAAUGCCCCACGUGUAAAUCAUUUGAUGAAUUAUCAUUUAAUAAAGAGAAGAAGUACGUCA